AUGUCAAGUUCCAGUGACCACAAACUUGCUCACAUUGCUCUCCUUCCAAGUGCUGGCAUGGGUCAUCUCACACCCUUCUUUAGGCUUGCUGCUUUACUUGCAGACAAUAAUGUCAAAAUAACUUUCAUCACGCCAAGUCCAACAGUCUCUUUGGCAGAGUCACAGACCUUGUCUCGCUUCUUCGAUUCUUUUCCCGAAAUAAGUCGAAAGCAGUUUCAUCUCCUUCCUAUUGACUAUCAUCCCUCCAACUCAGAAGACCCUUUCUAUUACCACAUGGAACGAAUUUGUCAAUCCUCUCACCUUCUUUCUCCCCUGAUUUCUUCAUUAUAUCCACCUCUUUCUGCUCUUAUCACAGACAUGAGCUUGGCCUCUCCUGCCAUUUCAAUCACUCAAGCUCUUAAUCUUCCUAAUUAUGUUUUCUUCACAUCAUCUGCUAAAAUGUCAACACUUUUUAUGUCCUUCCAUGCUACGAUCGGUUCAAAAGCCACUGAGACAGAUGAGAUUGAAGCCAUCAAAAUUCCUGGACUAGAAGCUAUACCCAGAUCAUGGAUUCCCCCGCCGCUUUUACAGGACGCCAAGAAUCUCCUCAAAACCUAUAUCUUGGAAAAUGGCAAGAAAAUGGCAGAAUCAAGUGGGAUUCUUGUCAAUACAUUUGAGGGUAUUGAGCGGGAAUCGCUCAGAAAGCUAAAUGACGGAGAAGUAAUAAAAGGGUUGCCCCCAGUUAUUGCCAUUGGACCACUUGCACCUUGUGAAUUUGAAAAGAUCCAACCAUUAGCAUGGCUUGAUGAGCAACCGAAUGGGUCGGUGGUCUAUGUCAGCUUUGGUAGUAGGACUGCUAUGUCAAGAGAGCAGCUCAGAGAGUUGGGUGAAGGGCUAGCAAGGAGUGGUCAUAGGUUCCUGUGGCUGGUGAAAAAUAAGAAAGUCGAUCGAGAGGAUGAAGAAGAAUUGGAUCAGAUAAUAGGAAGCGGGUUAAUUGAAAGGUUGAAAGAGAAGGGGUUGGUGGUGAAGUACUGGCUAAACCAAGAAGACAUACUGAGCCAUCCAGCAGUUGGUGGGUUUCUGAGCCAUUGUGGGUGGAAUUCAGUAACAGAGGCUAUCCGGAAUGGAGUGCGCAUAUUAGCAUGGCCCCAACAUGGAGACCAGAAAAUCAAUGCUGAUAUUGUGGAGAAAAUUGGAUUAGGGACUUGGGAGAAGAGUUGGGGAUGGGGUGAAGAGAUGGUAGUGAAUGGAACAGAUAUUGCAGAAAACAUUAAGAAGAUGAUGGGUAAUGAAUCGCUGAGACUUCAGGCAAAGCAAAUCAGAGAACAGGCUAGGACAGCUGUGGGAAUCGAUGGCAGUUCUAGGAAGGCGCUGUUAGAACUCAUCGAGAUAUGGCAGAAUUGAAGGUCGUGAUGGCUGAUGGCUCCGUAAUCCUAGUUUUCAAGGUUUUGUAUCUUGAUUAAUUGCUCUCUGAAAUUGCUGGAGAUGAUGGCCAAAUUGCCAAUCUCAGGUCCCAUUGGUCUCUUUGGUCAAAUACCAACAUAAUUGAAUAAGCAUUUUCUAAGUAUUCCCACCAAUUAUUGGAGUACUCUUAGACGUACACAAUAAUUUACUAUUGCACUCGCUUAUCUGUAUAUGACAUCUCAUCCUAUCUAUGAAAAAAAGCAAAGUUCAUAUGGUUAGUCUUGUCAUUUUGUACCAUUUGAAAUAAGGAGAUUUUGUAUCCACAACCACAAGGUUGGAUAGAGAAUAGAUGGGGUUGUGUCUUUGGAAAUAAAAUAUAGACCUUGAUGAGCUCAAUUUAUGUGAAUAAACACCUUAAAUUCAGAA